GGGCUUGUAACUGUUGUGACGCCAUGGGCGGGGCCCGGCCAUCCUUUGGUCUUUAAGCUGGCCCACCGGCCUUUGCGUGCCCUGCUGCUGUUGCGCUGAUGCUGGCUGCUUUGCCCGGACUCUACCAUGGACCAGUGCCCUAUACCUACCUUGCUGGAACGUGACACUUUCUCUAAGGUCCUGUUUAACAAUGUGAAGAAGUUCUAUGUUCUUGGAAGAGAUGUCAUGUGCUGUUAUACCCUCACUGAGAAAUUCAUCCCACAUCACAAGGACUGGAUCGGCAUCUUUAAAGCAGGGUGGAAGAAGACGCAGGAGUACUACACCUACAUGUGGGCUCCCUUACCGAACAACAUAAACGAGGGAUCAGCCACACAGCAGGAAAUCCAAUACAAAGGUUACUAUCUGCCCAAUGAUGAUGAGCAUUACUACCAGUUCUGCUACGUGGAUGUAAAUGGUUUUGUCCAGGGAACAAGUACCUUCUUCCGGAUCUGUCGAGGACAUAUGGUUGUCCUCAAUAAGGAAAAGGUAGACGAGAUGGAACACCUCAGUGAGGAGCUUUACCAAGAAAACCAGGAACUGAAAGACAAGUAUGCUGACCUCCAUGAGCAGCUCCAGAGGAAGCAGGUGGCACUGGAGGCAACGGAGAGGAUGAACAAGAGCUUAGAACUGGAAGUAGAAGAGAAGGCUGCUUGGGAGGAAGAGAAGGCCUCUUGGGAGAGUGUGCUGCUCCAGCUGAAAGAGUACAACCAGAAGAUAAUUCUGGAAAAGGAGGACAUGGGGAUCAGAGUGGAAGAGCUUCAGACCCAGCUGGCAACACAAGAAAAAAUGAAGGAGCUUAUUGUGAGAGAUCAAGAAAAGACAGAGUAGUUGGAACAGCUCAAGAAAGAAAACAACCAGCUGACCCUCAGCUUUAACCGAACAGUGGUACUAUAAAGUCUGUUUCUGUGCAGAAGAAGCACUGGAAGAUGCUGGAACAGACCGUGGAAAUGUUGAAGGAGAAGGCUGAAGCAUUGAAGAAACAGCAGGAGCUAA